CCAUGCAGAGAUAUCGUGGCGUAGAGGAAAACAGCUUGAUUCUAAUUAACGACCAUGGCUUCAUUCACGCCUAAUUGCUCUACGUUGUUCUUUUUCCUUGUCUUCCUUGCUGCAGUAUUCGUCUCUGCUGCGGCAGCCUCCGAGCACGGCCGGGUGUUGGAGGAGGAUCAGAACAUUCGGUACCGUGUGGAGGACUCGGAACUUCCGGACCUCUACUACGAAAUCUGCAUGUAUGCGAGGGAGCACAGGCCAUGUAGGAGGGUGAUGGCCACCAUCCCGGAUCUAAAAUUCAAGCUCUCCGGCCAGGUUGAUUUAGCCUUGCUGCUCUCUCACGUCAUAGCCAACCGGAGCGCCGAGGCCAAGGCCCUGGCCGAUCCGUUGCUCGCCGCCGCCGCCGCAAAGAAGGGCGGUGAUGAGCUCCCCAAGUGUCUCGCAUCCUGCGCCGCCAGCCUCGACGACGUGUCCAAGGCCAUGUCCGGGCUCCCCGCGGAUAUCGAUGUCGAGAGGUACCCGAAAGUCCAGAGCUUCCUCCGCAACAAGUUCGAAUCGGGCGCCGCUCCCCCACUAUGCAAGAGCGGCUGCCCCGACAAGACUUCCACCGCCGAUGAGGCCGCCAUCGCCGACAAGUUUCAUGCCAUCUGGGCGCUCAUGGAUUGCGCAGAGACACUCGCCCAAUACUACGUCCUCCCUCCGCCUCCGCCGCCAAAACGCUAAUUAAUUAAUUGACCUACUACUACGUACGACAGGGAACAUGGUCGUCAUCACUCAUCAUAUUGCAGACAAAUACUGCAUGCGUCCAUUCCAAGUUUUUUUUUUGAUAAUCGAUUAAGUUCUCAAAUCAAUUAUAUGUACUCCUAUACUUGGAGACUGAUUACAGUACAUUUAUAUCGCAGUUCGUUCAUUCACAUGUACUCGCAAGUGCUAUAUAUAUUAUAUUUUGAUAUGAGAUAACAUUCACGAGA